GCACAAUUCCUUUAUCACGCUACCCUCGCCUUUCCAGAACUCCAUACUGACUCGAGAGCUGACACGGAUAUGCGCGACCGUCUUUGAAUUCAACCACAUUCCAUUUCGAGCCUAGAAAAUGGCCUCGACUACCCCAGCACCUGUUCGUGUACCGGCCUGGAAGAGACUGGGCCUUCAAUUGAAAAAUCAGCAGCCACCGGAAGAGCCGACCCAUUACCCAGCAGUAUACGCGGCUGUCGAGGCGAGGCAAGAAGGGAGCUUUGAGAACCAACCCUCGAGUGCAUCUACUGGGCCACCUGUACUCCAAGAUGCCGCCAGCGACGGGCAGAGUCCGGCCAAAUUGGGCAAAAGGAAGGCUGAGAGCAGCAUUCUCGGAGAUGACGAGAAGCCAUCUAAGAAGCGACUGAAAGAGAAGAGCGUGGGGCUGAACGACUUGCCGGCAGCUUCCCCAGCUGUACAAGAGAUAGCAGUCACGAACCCGUCAACUAGCAUCGCAGAGCAAGACAGUAAGCCUCGUGGAGACCCGAACUAUCGAAGCAAAAAGGGGAAGAAUCUAGAUUCAGUACCAAAGAAACGUCGUAUUUCGUCAGAAGGUCAUGGACCAGCGAUCACUGCUAGGCUCAAUUACAGCAAUGGCGAUGAAACCUCACCUAAUGAAGUCAAGAGUGUCAGUUCGGACAGUGAUCAGGACACUCUACGUCAAUCUACCGAGACUGGUCACUAUCACGUGGUUGCUGGAAUAAACGAUACCAAGAAAUUAUCCAAACUCAAGAAGACACCAGAUACACACAGGACCUCGAUAGAACUCACUCCAACUCUCACUCGACGGAAGUCAGUCACCUUCACCCCGGACACUAAGACCGUGGACGGCAACAGUGCUUCGGAGCUGUUCAAGGCCUGGGCAGCGCAGCAGAAAGGACCAUCGGCCGACUUCACUCCGUCCGAAGUAGCUCAGUUCACUCCACCUCCGAAACUACACCCAGCCAACGACCUUCCCCCAUCUGAGAAGCCCAACAAGAAAGAAGCCAAGAAGGCUGAAAAGAUAGAGAAGACCAAACUGAACAAAUCCGCCACAACACCACACGACGUGGAAGAAAAGUCAGUCAAGGCAUCAUCCGAAGAGCCUUCCAAACCGUCGAAAGCCGAGCUCAAAGCAGCAAAGAAAGCGACGAAGGCAGCAGCGAAUAACACAGAGUCAGCUGCUUACCUUAACUACCUCACUCGCUACCACACCUCACGUGAAACCUGGAAGUUCAACAAAGCAACCCAGAGCAACCUGCUCAGAGAUGCUCUGAACGUCUACCGCAUUCCACCUGAGUACUCUCCCGCCUUAAAAGAGUACAUCACCGGACUGCAAGGUGCGGCGGCUCGUGAUCGAUUGCACGAAGCAGCCACUGCUAUUCUCAAAGAAACUGGUGAGGCUGACGAGGUCGAAGACAUGGAGAUCCUCGAUGACCGAGAGGCUCGCAAAGCCGCCCAAGACGCGGCCCUGAUCAAGACCCUCAAGCGCACGAAGCGGUUUCUCGAUGCAGGGCACCAGCUUCCAGAGAUGGCAGGCCCAAAACCGAAGAAGCAACUGACACACCAGCGCGCGCAAGAGAUCCUGGAGGCACUUGAGGCCGGCACUGCAGCUCCAGCUCCGCUGAAAGCAUCUAAGCCCUCGCCCUCCAGACUCCAUCCUGUGCAUGUUGAACACUAUCGUAAGUACCCUUUGACGCUUCCAUCUACCAGUGUUCUGUUUUGUCACCUAUCUCGCCCCUUGAUUCUUGGGACUACACUGCUUUGUUCUGAAUAUGCGUACACUUUUCUGCCAAUGUUUGGUGUGCUUCGACGCAUUUUCGGAAUUCGGGAAUAUGCGGCGUGAGCCACCCCAGACGACGUUUUCACGAGCAACUUUCCACUCGCACCCAGUUUCCAGUAUUUUCUGGUGCUUUUGU